AUGCAAGCUCCAAAAGGAUUGAAUGCCCUGGAUGAUCAGAGCAAUGAGGAGGGUGAGGAACUGGAUCAGCAGUUGCCAGAUCGAGUUGAAAAGGUGGACUUGAAAGAAAACUUCAGGUAUCCAGGAAUACCUAAGAGAAAGAAAGGCAGCCAUACAGCUGGGAAGAGAGAUGGAAGACAACAUAAUGCACGUUUUCCAAAGCAGAGGAUAAUGAGGGCAAGGGAGAGACCUUUUGAAUGCUCAGAGUGUGGAAAGAGAUUCAGUCACAGUGGCCAUCUUCAGAGUCAUCAGAGAACCCACACACGGGAGAGAGCUUUUGAAUGCUCAGAGUGUGGAAAGAGAUUCAGUCACAGUUGCAGUCUUCAAAAGCAUCAUAGAACCCACACAGGGGAGAGACCUUAUGAAUGCUCAGAGUGUGGAAAGAGAUUCAGUCGGAGUGGCAGUCUUCAAAGUCAUCAGAGAACCCACAUAGGGGAGAGACCUUUUGAAUGCUCAGAGUGUGGAAAGAGAUUCAGUCACAGUGGCCAUCUUCAGAGUCAUCAGAGAACCCACGCACGGGAGAGAGCUUUUGAAUGCUCAGAGUGUGGAAAGAGAUUCAGUCGGAGUGGCAAUCUUCAAAGUCAUCAGAGAACCCACACAGGGGAGAGACCUUUUGAAUGCUCAGAAUGUGGGAAGAGAUUCAGUUGGAGUAGCACUCUUCAAAGUCAUCAGAGAACCCACACACGGGAGAGAACAUUUGAAUGCUCAGAGUGUGGAAAGAGAUUCAGUAGGAGUGGCAAUCUUCAAAGUCAUCAGAGAACCCACACACAGGAGAGACCUUUUGAAUGCUCAGAGUGUGGGAAGAGGUUCAGUCAGAGUGGCAAUCUUCAAAGUCAUCAGAGAACCCACACAGGGGAGAGACCUUUUGAAUGCUCAGAGUGUGGAAAGAGGUUCAUUGAGGGACGGACUCUUCAGAGGCAUCAGACAACCCACACAGGGGAGAGACCUUUUGAAUGCUCAGAGUGUGGAAAGAGAUUCAGUUGGAGUGGCACUCUUCAAAGUCAUCAGAGAACCCACACAGGGGAGAGACCUUUUGAAUGCUCAGAGUGUGGGAAGAGGUUCAGUCAGAGUGGCAAUCUUCAAAGGCAUCAGAGAACCCACACAGGGGAGAGACCUUUUGAAUGCUCAGAGUGUGGAAAGAGGUUCAUUGAGGGACGGACUCUUCAGAGGCAUCAGACAACCCACACAGGGGAGAGACCUUUUGAAUGCUCAGAGUGUGGGAAGAGGUUCAGUCAGAGUGGCAAUCUUCAAAGUCAUCAGAGAACCCACACAGGAGAGAGACCUUUUGAAUGCUCAGAGUGUGGGAAGAGGUUC